CCGGCCGUCCAGUUCCUCCGGACCAUCCGCAUCUCAAGGCUCCUGCGACUCCCUUCCACAUGGGCGACAAACACACCUUCUCCACAGCCGAAGAUUGGGGCCAUGAUAUCGUGUGGCACCCAGACCAUUUCCAGCCAGUCCUUCUCGACGGCGAAUGGGCAGUGGCUGUGAGGGACGUAAGUGGAGGGUGGAUAUAUGACGAUCGUUGGGACCUCGAGACAUUCAAAUCUCGCGCCUACGAUGCGGUUUUGGAGAGAUUAAGUGAGGUCAAUCGACGAAGUAAAGACGACCCUGCUCUGCGCGAAUACGGGGACACGCUGUUCGAUUUAUUGCAGUCAAAUAGAUGGCUGGAAGUGUCCUCCACAUUCUACACCCUUCAAGCAAGAGGUAAAAGUGAACAGCGUUCAACAGAACAGUGGUCUCCGCGGCACGCAGGCAGUGGAGAGGGGAAAAAGGGCAGCCGGGAGAAGAAAAAGCCUCGCAGCGGAGAGAAGACAAAGCAUCACACAGGAGACGGGCAGGGGUCCGGUGUCGACCGCGACGAGGAGGGUGGGGUUCUGGCGGUGCCAUCCAGCACCUCAAUGGAGAUGGGGAACGACUUCAGGCCUGGGUGGAUUACACGGCCUGGCCAACAGGACCCUGUGAUUAGCUCCACCAGCGCAACACAGUAUACCGAUGCUGUUGGCGGGGCAGUUGUAGCAAAGAAUGGAACUUGCUUCGCUCAGCUCCAAAAACGGUUGGCCGAUUGUCUCGGAUCUAUCCGAACCUCGGAGAUGACAUCGUUGUCCGAAACUCGGUGCCUUGCGGGAAACGAGACGACAACAUACCACGGAUUCGGCAGCGACAAGCUCCAACCAUGUUCGGUUUCGCCUCAAAAUGAAGUUUGGAUUAAUCCGAACCCAAAAGUCAGUACCGUUGAGAGAGCACAGCAGUCUGCGGAAUUCGAACGAGUGGUCCGGGUUUCCGAAAAACCUGGCAGCAAAAUUCGGAUUCAUCCGAACCAGGAGGACGUGUCCGCCAUGACAGACAACCGGUGUCAGGACACCGUCAUGCUGUGCAUGGAAGUCCACAAGGAGCUGCAGGCAGACUGUCGGACUGAGGGUGAGUUAGCGACCAGUUUCAAUAUCGAGCCCCGCACACUUGGAGCCGAAUGCCUGGUGACGGUACGCGCUGAGUUAGCAGUCUUAAGCGACUCUCUGGUGAAAGCGGACACGUCAUGGCCAUUGGAAACUGCAGUGGCUCGGAUGAAUCCGAACCAGGGCCAUGUGAGCAUGUCCCUCCCUGGUGCAGCUUUGGAGACGACCGUAAUUUGGAUUCAUCCGAGACACAUGGACGAAGGACUUGACGGUUGUCGACUUCUGACGACUUUGGACAAGGACGACUCCGCCGACGACCGGAUUGAUCCGACACUCGGCGACGUCGGGAUGGAGCAACCAGUUCAGCCAGCAGACGACGACCCCUUGUACUCCGACCUUCACGACGAGGCGAUGGGAGAGGACUUUCCGAAGAAGUCCUCUGACGCUGUUGGAGAUAGAUUUCUCUAUUUGAGUGACGACGAUAAAGGCACAACACACGAGGACAAGAAGUUAAAGGGGGGAGAGGUGUUGUUGGACAUUCAUGGGACCUUGAGCACAACACAAUGCGACAUAGUGGCGACGGAGGAAACCCAACUUGUCGAUGUUGUGGACGUCGACGCUCUUUGUCCGGAGACGGACAGACUAAAAUUGCCCAUCGCCGACGUGGAGGAUUUCUGCCAUCGGGAUGGGGACGAAUUCAUGCCAUCACUGGUCAUCGACGCCGACAUCUCGAACCUGUCAAGUUUCCCUGUGAGUUUGGAGCACGUCGUCGCCGAGUCGACGUGCACGGGGGCGCCAAUCGUAAUGGGGCUGCCAUAGGUGGGCUCUGGUGACGUCGAAGCUAAGCCUGGUGAGCACUGUCUUCCUUUGCUUGCUUCCCGCUC